UCAGUUAACGUUCAUCGCAGCUAACUUUGUUAGCAUUUGUUUACCAGUUAAAAUGCUUUAGCCACUGCUAAAAGAGUUUAACGCUCAUAUUAGUCUGCGGACUCAGCCGUGUUGCAGAGCACCUUCGGAUGUUUGCAGGACGAACGGCUGCAGGAAAACUUCCUUUGUUAACAUUUCAAAUCGCUUUUGUGUAUUUCUGCUGAAGACUUGAGCCACGAAGCUUUGAAACAGAGGAGCAGAAACCGGAUGGAAACUGAUUGACUGAGGAAGAAGAAGACCAGGAAGGAACAGACAUAAAUGGAGAAAAGCUCCUGAAGAUCUUCAAGGUCCAAAUAAACUCAAUGCAGCGUUGACAGAAAAGUCCAGCCGAUGAAAAGUGCUGUACAUUUAGAAACGAAAGUACAAAACUGAGGAACUGGGUUCUGACCUCCAGCAUUCCUUGCAACAGAGAGAGGGGCUACUGGUGCCAGUCUGCCUUGUGAUUGGCUGGAGCAAUGGCAGUCACCAAGGAGGAGAAGGUCGAGGGAGGCAAGAGGGCGUCCAAGGUCGUGACCCCUCCGGAAGGCGGCUGGGGUUGGAUGAUCGUCGCUGGCUGCUUCCUCGCCUCCAUCUGCAUCCGCGCAGUUACCAGAUGUGUUUCCAUGUUCUUUGUGGAGUUCCAGCUGCACUUUGAUAAGGAUUAUUCCACCACCGCCUGGAUCCACAGUCUUGUUGACUCCACCACCAUGUUAUGUGCUCCUCUGGGUGGUUUCCUUGGGAGCCGUCUCUCCAUCAGAACUACAGUGAUCCUGGGAGGUGUGUUGGCUUCCACUGGUCUGGUCCUAAGCUCCUUCGCUUCCAGUCUCGAGUACCUCUAUGGCUCCAUGGGCAUCAUGACAGGUCUUGGCUUUGCUCUCAGCUACACACCCUCUGUAGCGAUGGUGGGGAAGUACUUCAAUGAGAGGAAAGCUCUGGCCUAUGGCAUCGCCCUGUCUGGUAGUGGCAUCGGGACCUUCAUCCUGGCUCCUGUAGUCCAAAUGCUUAUAGAGCAUUACUCCUGGAGAGGAGCUCUGCUCGUCCUGGGAGGAUUCGUUUCCAACUUGUGUGUUUGUGGUGCUGUGAUGAGGCCUCUGGAAGCAAGCAGAAGUGAUGAUACGUGGGAGAACAAUAUGGCAGAUGUGGAGAAAGACUGCAUGACAACAGAGCUGGACUCCAAAGACACUGAAUUAAGUACCGAGGAAUCUUCUGAUUGCAGCGAAGCGGAGCCAAAGCAGCUGGAUAUGAACCAUUUAAACUAUACUCAAGGGCUACUCAUAGCAAAUGGAGCGCUCAAAAACAGCGAACUUGAAAACAACAAACUAGGUCAGGGGAACGUAACGCUGCUACCAAGCCAGCCCGAUCCAAGGUUAACAGAUAAGAAGAUAGCUGAGUGCAUUUUAUUUAGCAACAAGUUAUCUGCGACAAUGCUAGGGGACAGCAACCUCGCAGAUCCUAAGCUAGCCAACGGUAGCACAAACGAGGACUUGAACUUGGUGGAAAGCAUGAACUUGAACAAGGCGGCUGACAUCAUGGAUACUAAGAUAGAAGACUCAGAACUGUCUGAAGCUGAAGCAGCAGAUGCUUCUGAAUUAGAUAAGACCAUCAGCCCUCUUCCAGAGCCUCAGGUGAACACAAAAACUUCGUCCAGAGGUAACUGCUUUUCCUGCAUUUCCCAAGGGGAGUUUGGCUUUAUUGUAAUGCCUGACUUCAUGAUUCUUUCGGUGUCCAUCCUGUUUAUGGCGUACGGCUGCAGCGCUCCAGUGGUUUACCUGGUUCCUUAUGCCCUCAGUAGGGGGGUGGAGCAGAAGUAUGCUGCCUUUCUCAUGUCCAUAUUUGGAGUUAGCGGCAUUGUGGGUAACAUCACCUUUGGAUGGAUCACUGACAGGAAGUGUCUGAAGAACUAUCGCAUGCUGGCCUACAUGCUAGCGGUCGCCCUGGAAGGCGUCUGCUGUAUCUUCCUCCCACUCCUUCACACAUUCCCCCUCCUUGUCGUGUUUUCUGUGCUCUACGGCUACUUUGAUGGGGCCUACGUAGCGCUCAUCCCCGUGGUAGCCUCUGAUGUCGUAGGCCCCGUUUACCUGACCACAGCUCUGGGUGUGGUCUAUUUUCUCCAUGCCAUCCCUUACCUGAUAAGCCCACCAAUAGGAGGUUGGUUAGUAGACAUGACAGGAAACUACACAGCAACCUUCUUCCUCUGCGGUUCUUCCUUCAUAUUCAGCACUGUCAUUCUAGCAGUGUUCAUGUUAGUCCGACGCUGCCGGAGGUCCAAGUCUAACUCAGCUGCUGUUUUAAGUCCUGAUCACACCGUCGCUGCAGCUCAGCAGGUCGUCAUAUGACGUGCCAGUUAAGAUGCUGCUCCUCCAUCUGCGCUGAUGUGCAUCUCACCACUGCUGGUCUGUGGGUUUACAAAGAAUAGAGUACGGGUGCUAUUUUGAUGUGCCUGAGUGGGUCACAACAAAAACAAAACCAAAGCAGUCAGAACUUGCGUCUAAUGCUGUGACUUUGAGACUCACACAUUGAAGUGACAUGUUAUGUUUUUUUUUUAGUUUUUAUUUAAUGUGGAUAUUUUGUUUUUUAAAAACAAACGGCUUUCAUACUUCAUGGAAGGUAAAAUUUGCGAGCAGGCUGCUAUUAACAAUCACAAGCUUUAAUGAACUUCCCAUUAACAGUCAUAUGUACAAACUGUUUACACCAAUUUAAUAUAGAUUCUGAAGUGUUGUUAUACAUUUCAUUGAAAGAAUCUACUUUCCAAAACGUUCCUUCCUGCCAAUUGAUUAUACUGAACAUUUAAUCACUACAUGCCAGGAAACUCUACGUACAUGUGAUUCUGUGCUCCAAGACAAGCGUAAACAGUUAAAAUCAAAGUGUGAUUAUGUUCUCUCAAAACAAUAAUACACACACAAAUAUUUACUUUUCAAAAUAUCUAAACAAUUAUCAUGAUACUUCUGUUCUAGGGGCCAUUUUUUUAACAUUGCUCAUGUGAUUUCUGAAGAAUGUGAUUCAUUUACAUGUAUUAUGAACAUGUAAAAAAAAAAAAUGCCAUAGUGGCACAGGACCAAAACAUUGUAGACUGUAGAGAAUAAACCAGGAAUACUGCACACUGUUGAUCACUUUAACUUACUUUAUUUAUUUAUGAUGUCUCGGUCAGUACGUUCAGUUGGAUGAAAGUCUGCUGACCAAAUGAAAUGUAUCAAAAAAUAAAAUGGAUUCUUUGUUUCUUCCUAAUUUACCAUGUAUUUAUAAUCAAUCAUAAACAAACUGCUGUGGACAUUUCUCAUUCUGUCCGCUUUAUUUUAUUAAUGUGAAACAAUUCAAUACCUCAGACUGUAACAAUGUGAAACUGUCUUUUAGCCUGAACCCCUCCAGGGAAAGCACCACUGGGGCCGGUCUCUGACGGAUAAAUAUUUGUAAAAAGUAAUAUUCACAGAGUGAUUAGUAAUACAAGUGAUUACUUGUAGGAAACGGACAUGAGAAGAAAUCUUGCUUUAAAAAAAAAAAAAAUUGUCAACAAGUGUUCAAAAUUGUAAAUCCCACACAUUUGUUUGACUUCAAAGUUUGUGAUUCAUUGUUAUGUUUUAGAUGUUUUGUAUGAUUUAUGUCAUGAUUCCACUUGACUGUGAAAUGCCUUACAUCUGUAUACAUUAAUGCUAUUAUGUACAGCAACAAAUAUCAAAAUACAAUUUAAGCAAAGAAAAUGUGCUGAUGUUUGUGGUUUGGAACAGCACAACUAAAUCUUUCUUACAGUUUUAUUUACUAUUUGAGCAAUAUCUAAACUUACAAAGACCUAUGAACACUACAUUGCUUUUCCAGACUUCCUGUAUUCAUUUGCGGCUCUAAUGAUUAAACAUAUCUGAUUUUUUAAAUGAAACCCUUCACAGAGUUGCAUAUGAUGCAUUAAUAUGUGAAGAUGUGGGAAGAAGAAGUGAUAUAAAUGUUGCAAAAGUUUCUCUCUUUUUUUGUGUGUUAGGAAGUUUUGUCUUUCCUGUUAUGUGUAUUGUUAGCGAUGUAUUUAGUCUAAUAACUGAUCAUUAUUAUUUUAUUUUCAUACAUAAAUAUAUAUAAAUAUUAUUUGUGUCAUGUAAAAAAAUCACUGUUAUUUGCAACACAUAUCAACAACACACCAAUGAAAGCAAGGAUUGCAUCGUAUUGCCGAUGUUGUCUUUGGCUUUAUUCACUCUAUAACAUGCUCUGUUUGGAGCAUUUAAUUUUUCAGGUGCUUUGGUCAGGGAAGACCAUGAGUGUCAGUUGUCCACAGAGCUGCAGUGCAGUUCAUGAGGAGGGACUGUAAUCUAAACCUAUUCACCCUCCAAAGAAAUAGUUAGAGGGUCUGGACUGAUGCUCAUAUUAAGCUAUUUCUUCUUCUACUGUGAUUUCUUAUAGUGACCGUUAACCUCUUUUUCUAUGAAAAUGACAUUGGAAAUAUCACUCAAGACUGUGAAAGUCUAUUAUGACUGAUAUGUGCUGAUCAAAUCAUGGCACUUGAUUUGAACAUAUAUUAAACAUGUUCAUGCUAUACACUUUAUUAUUUUUGUUUUGGAGUUUAUGUGAUAACUUUAUUGAAUAAAGAAAAAUGUAAUUCA